AGUAUCUGUUAUGUUUGAGAACUCUAAAAAGCAGGGGCUGCAAACUGAUUGUUAAGUUGGGAGAUGAAUGAAAAACUAGUGGAAUUGGAUUAUACAUACCAGAACAGAGGUCCAUCAGUAACUGAUGGGAAAUUUACAGGCUUCUAGUGUCUUUCUUUCUAAUCUACUCAUAUAGCUGAUAGACAGAGUUCAAGAGAGUUUGGUCUUUAUAUAUGGCUUUAAUAUUAAGAUUACUUGUCCACGUAGCACAUACUGUGGUUGCUACUUGCUAAUGCUAAGUCUAUUAUAUUUCUGGUGUUAGUACUACAAUUACAACUGUGCCAUCCACCUAUCAUCUGCCGUAGUUUGUGGCAUGGCAUUGCUGAUCAUGGCUUGCCACCUAAGCUUUGUUAUAUAUAUGACAACUUUGGUCUUAGAUGCAUGUGACCAGCUUUGUUCUUGCUUGCUUGAUAAUGUUUGUAUCUCUUUUUAUUCUCUUAUUCAGGCCAAAAUUGGAAGCCUUGAAAUACAACUCAAUGAAGCCCUUAGAUCGAGCAACACUAGGUUAAAUGUUGUACCAGAAACUGUUUCUGGAGCUCUACCUAAUUCCAGGACAACAGGGGAUGUCAUGGAUUCAUCUACAUUAACCAAUAAACUAGAAGAGGAGCUCAAGAAACGUGAUGCUUUGAUUGAGAGGUUGCAUGUAGAAAAUGAGAAAUUAUUUGAUAAGUUGACUGAGAAAGCAUCUCUGGCUGGAUCACCUAAGCUGUCAAGUCCAUUAUCUAGGGGAUCAAUUAAUGUUGAGCCUGGAAAUUUGGGCAGCACCACUGCAAGAGCUCGUUCUAUGGAUCUUCUUCCUUCAUCUUUUGUCACAGAUAAGAAUGACGGCACUGUUGCUUUAGUUAAAUCUGGUUCUGAGAGAGUUAAGACUACCCCGGCUGGUGAAUAUCUUACUGCAGCACUGAAUGACUUUAAUCCUGAUCAGUAUGAAGGACUUGCUGCCAUUUCUGAUGGUGCAAACAAGCUUCUGAUGCUGGUUCUGGCUGCUGUCAUCAAAGCUGGUGCCUCCAGAGAACACGAAAUACUUGCUGAAAUUAGAGAUGCUGUUUUUUCAUUUAUUCGAAAAAUGGAGCCAAGGCGAGUAAUGGAUACCAUGCUUAUUUCCCGUGUUAGAAUCUUGUAUAUAAGAUCUUUGCUUGCCAGAUCCCCAGAGUUGCAAUCCAUUAAGGUAUUGCCAGUUGAGUGCUUUCUUGAAAAGUCCAACACUGGACCCAGUAGAAGUUCCAGCCGAGCAAGCAGUCCUGGAAGAUCUUCAGUGCAAUAUGUUGAUGAGCAGAUCCAGGGAUUUAAAGUGAAUAUAAAGCCAGAAAAGAAAUCGAAAUUUUCAUCUGUUGUGUUGAAGAUACGUGGGAUUGAUGAGGAAACCUGGAGACAGCAGGUAACUGGGGGAAAGCUUAGGGAAAUCAGUGAGGAAGCAAAAAGUUUUGCAAUUGGAAACAAGGCUCUUGCUGCACUCUUUGUACAUACUCCAGCUGGAGAGCUGCAGCGCCAAAUUAGAUCCUGGCUUGCUGAGAAGUUUGAUUUUCUAUCUAUUAUGGGAAAUGAUGCACCGGGGGGAACAAAUGGUCAGUUGGAGCUUAUUUCAACUGCAAUUAUGGAUGGUUGGAUGGCUGGACUUGGCAGUGCCCUGUCUCCCCAAACUGAUGCCCUUGGCCAACUUCUAUUUGAAUAUUCAAGACGUGUCUAUACUUCUCAACUGCAGCACUUGAAGGAUAUUACUGGUACCUUGGCAACAGAAGAGACUGAAGAUGCGGCACAAGUGGCCAAGUUGCGUUCAGCACUAGAAUCUGUUGAUCACAAAAGAAGAAAGAUUUUACAACAAAUGAGAAGUGAUGUAGCUUUACUAACCUUGGAAAAUGGUGGUUCACCUGUUCAAAAUUAUUCUACUGCUGCUGAGGAUGCAAGAUUAGCGUCUCUUAUUUCACUUGAUAGAAUAUUGAAGCAAGUCAAGGAUAUAACUAAACUUUCUACUGUGAACACCAUCGAAAAAAGUAAGAAAAGAACGGUGCUUGGUUCUCUAGACAAACUGACAGAACAAAUGUCUUCACUUCUUGAAAUUGAUCAUCCAUGUGCUCAGAGGUACAUUGCAGAUGCUCGCAGAGUGGUUGAGUCAAUUCCUGAAGAAGAUGACCGCAGUCAGAACCUAUCACAUUCUCGUAUGUCAUCUACUGAUACAGGCUCUGGGUCUGGAACUGAUGUGGCACAGUGGAACGUCCUUCAAUUCAAUACGGGUAAUACCUCCUCAUUUAUAAUAAAAUGUGGAGCAAACUCAAAUUCAGAACUAAUCAUUAAAGCCGAGGCUCGAGUUCAGGAACCUAAAGAAGGUGAGAUUGUGAGGGUUGCCCCAAGGCCGUCCAUUUUGGAAAAUUUGAGCUUGGAGGAAAUGAAACAAGUAUUUGCUGAACUACCCGAGGCUCUAAGAUUGCUUGCCCUAGCAAGGACUGCAGAUGGAACUCGAGCACGAUAUUCUAGAUUAUAUAGGACUUUGGCUAUGAAGGUUCCAUCACUUAGGGAUCUGGUAAGUGAACUUGAAAAAGGGGGUGCACUGAAAGAUGUGAGGACUUGACCUUUUAAGGGGAAAAAUGUUUAUGAAAUUUACAUUUGUAUGCCUCGAGUUGCUUGCAUGUGAGGCAUCGGUUUGGAGGCAGGGGUCAUUGAGUGUUGGGGAACCAUUGUGUGCAUUAUGUACAACUAUUAUUCUGUAUGCUUGUUAAUGUAUUUAGUUGUAAUUAUCACAGUUUUUUUA